GAGGCUGGGUGGCGCGGGUCAGCGGGCGGGGACUGGGAAGGCCGUGCGAGGCCCCGCGAAGUCGACGUUCGGAGGCUGCGGGUCCGAGGCCCUGCACGAGGUUUGCAGAACUUCCGAGCGUCGGAGGAGCGCUCGGCGCCGGUGGGCGCACGGGAGGCGCUCCCUCAAUGCCCCCCUGUGAUCGAGGACACGAAACCCGGGACCAACAGCGAGGAGACGCGUGCGGACCCUCACGUUGGGGGCACCAAGGGCGCGAGCAUUUAUUGAACCCUUACUGUAUGCUCUGAGGGGCCAGCAUUUGUCUCCAUUUUACGGGCGAGUCCGAGGCUCGGAGACUGGAAGUGAGCUCCCCAAUAUUGGACACCUGGAGGCUCUGGUUGCAGGUCAGCGCUUCCAAGUCGGUGACAAGUGAGGGUGAGGACCACAAAGGGGGUGAGAGCCAACAGCGGCUGGAGCUGCCAGCCAUUUGAAACCGAACCACCGCAGAAGGGAAGCAGAGGGUGAAGGCCAGGCCCCGUGGGGGCUGAUGGCCGGCGGACGACGGAAUGGGCACUGGGUGCCGUGUUGGCUCUGUGUGCUGCUGAUGGUGGAGAGAGUGUCCGGGGCCAGUGGCCUGUCUACAGGGGCCCACACCAGCCCCCCAUUUCCAGCCUCAGGUGUGAACCAGACCCCCGUGGUAGAUUGUCGUGAUGUGUGUGGCCUGAACGCUUCCGACCGCUGCGACUUCAUCCGGACCAACCCUGACUGCCGCAGCGAGGGGGGCUACCUGGACUACCUAGAAGGCAUCUUCUGCCACUUCCCCCCCAGCCUCCUCCCUCUGGCCAUCACCCUCUAUGCUCUCUGGCUGCUCUACCUGUUUCUGAUUCUGGGAGUCACUGCGGAGAAGUUUUUCUGCCCUAACUUGUCAGCUAUUUCUACGACGCUCAAGCUGUCCCACAACGUGGCAGGCGUCACCUUCCUGGCGUUUGGCAACGGUGCGCCCGACAUCUUCAGCGCGCUGGUGGCCUUCUCGGACCCACACACGGCCGGCCUGGCCUUCGGGGCCCUGUUCGGCGCCGGCGUGCUGGUGACCACCGUGGUGGCGGGCGGCAUCGCCAUCCUGCGCCCCUUCACGGCCGCCUCCAGGCCCUUCCUCAGGGACAUCAUCUUCUACAUGACGGCCGUGUUCCUGACCUUCACCGCCCUCUACCGCGGCCGGGUCACGCUGGCAUGGGCCCUGGGUUACCUCGGCCUGUAUGUCUUCUACGUGGUCACGGUGGUUCUCUGCACCUGGAUCUACCGAUGGCAGCGGCGGUGGUCCCUGGCCUCCUCCAUGCCAGCUACUCCAGAGAUGCUCUCGGAUUCCGAGGAGGACGAUCGGGUGUCUUCUACCACCGCCAGCUAUGACUACCGGGAAGAGUACCAGCCGCUGAUUUUCUACCAGGAGACCACGGCUCAGAUCCUGGUCCAGGCCCUCAACCCCCUGGACUGCAGGAAGUGGAGGAACAAGCCGGCAUACUGGAGGGUCCUCAAGGUGCUCAAGCUGCCCGUGGAGGUCCUGCUGCUGCUCACCGUCCCCCUCGUGGACCCCGACCGGGAAGACAGAAACUGGAAGCGGCCCCUCAACUGCCUGCAGCUGGCGAUCAGCCCCCUGGUCCUGGUCCUGACGCUGCAGUCGGGGGCCUACGGCGUGUAUGAGAUAGGCGGCCUCGUUCCUGUCUGGGGCGUAGUGGUGAUCGCGGGCACGGCCUUGGCUGCAGGGACCUUCUUCGCCACGUCCAACAGCGAGCCCCCCAGGCUUCACUGGACCUUUGCCUUCCUGGGCUUCCUGACCAGCGCCCUGUGGAUCAACGCGGCCGCCACGGAAGUGGUGAACAUCUUGCGGUCCCUGGGCGUGGUCUUCCGGCUGAGCAACACCGUGCUGGGACUCACGCUGCUGGCCUGGGGGAACAGCAUCGGAGAUGUCUUCUCCGAUUUCACGCUGGCCCGCCAGGGCUACCCCCGGAUGGCCUUCUCCGCCUGUUUCGGCGGCAUCAUUUUCAACGUCCUGGUGGGAGUGGGCCUGGGCUGCCUGCUGCAGAUCUCCAGGGGCCACGUGGAGGUGAAGCUGGAGCCGGACGGACUGUUGGUGUGGGUCUUGGCGGGCGCCCUGGGCCUCAGCCUCGUCUGUUCCCUGGUCGCGGUCCCACUGCAGUGCUUCCAGCUGAGCAAGGUCUACGGCUUCUGCCUGCUCCUCUUCUACGUGAGCUUCCUCGCGGUGGCCCUGCUCACCGAAUUUGGGGUGAUUCACUUGAGAAGCGUGUGAGUGAAGCUGUGCGCCGGGUCCACCUGGUGGCCGGGAGGUGUCACUGCAGGCGGUGAGCUGGAAGAUGGAUGAUGCUGGAGACCGAGGCGCCUCCGGUCGAGCCCCGCGUGGGCAGGCGUGGUGGGGAGGGAGGUGUGGGCUGGACGUGGGGUCGCUCGCUUUGCUAGAGGUUCCCAGGCACCGCUGAGUGCAGGGAGGACGCUAAGCCUCCUUUCUGGGGCUUUGGAGACUGGACUUGACUGGCUGGACAACCCCAGGCAGAAGGAAGGAGACUUCCUUGAACUAUCUCGAGCCUCUCGAAGGUUGGGGUGUAGGGGGUGACUGGGUGCGUCUAGGCUGGUGUUGGAAGGACUGUGAAGUGUUCAGGGCUGGAGGCAACUAAGAGGCCCAGCCCCACCCCAUGGGUGUCCCUGCCACCUGCCUGCAUCUUCUCAGGGUUUAUGCUGCCAAACCAGGCUUAGGGACUCAGGACGGUGGGAGCCACGGACAGGGCGCCAGGGGUGCCGGGGUCCCGGGCCGUCGUGGGCUGAAUCCUAGAGCUGCACCGUCCGACAGAAUCGGAAUGGGACACAUACCUGAUUUUGAAUUUUCUAGUCACCACGUUAAUAAAGCCCAAAGCGACAGGUGAAAAUUUCACAGUAAUAGGUCUUACUGAGCCCAAAGGCUCCAAACUGCCCGCCCGUGGCUGCCACGCCGACGGUACAGCUCUAGCCUCCACCGCCGGGACCGCCCACUGGCUGAAGGCAGACUCGUGUCCUGCACCGUUUUUUCCGGCUGCAAAACCGGAGGGAAUCUGUGCCUUGUGCCUACCUCAGGGGGAGCCUGGGCUGGGGUCCCAGUGCCCCCACACUCCGGGGAGGACCAGGACCCCCCUCCCACCCCAGCACCUUCUGCCAUCAGGGCCCUGCUUCGAUUAGCAACUGAAGAAUCUGCUCAUGCCGGCAGGACAGGGAUUCAGCGGUCUUUGUUUCCAGCGAAAAGUUAUUAAAUAUUUCAAGUGUCCGGUU